AUGGAAUUAAUUAAAGAAUUAUUUUUAGUUCAACAACCAGCCAACAAUAUAAAUUUCAAAUCAUUUGACCAACACUAUACAACCAUGAAUAACUACAAUCAACUAUAUAAAUCCUACGAUCAGUUCGAUGUCAACAAUAGUCAAAAUGAAUGGAUAGUGCCAACAACCAUCUCGACACCUGGUUACAUUAAAAUUGAAUAUACAUCGUCACUUCCAAUAUAUUUAACCAUCAUUUUUUCAAUUGUUAUUUGUUGCAUCUAUAAGUAUUUAAAGGCUGAUCGUCAAAUCAUUCAAUAUGCCAAUACAUUCAAAGAGAUUUUGGACCACACUCCAACUUUAAUUUUGGUCGAAAUUUGUUUUUCUGGUCGUCGUCUCGUCAAGACUUCCAAUCCAGUGUUAUCACGUCAAUCACAAGAUCAAAUUCUCUCCUAUGAUCACCAACAACAAUCCAUCAACCAAUCAUCGAUUGAAUCGUUCUGCGAGCACUAUGGUUUGGAUGCCUUCAAUUUGGAGCGUGUCCUCUCCACCAGCAUGACCCGUGACUCCAUUGUCAAGGGUAACAACUCACAGAAAUACCGUUUCACCGGUACCUACGAUUCAAACACCCAAACAUUCAAGGGUGUUAUUUUUGACAUUAGCCAAGAAGAGUCGGAAUUGAAACGUCUCAAAUAUAUUUUGGCACACGAUCCACUCACUGGAUUGCAAAAUCGCUAUCGUUUGAACCAGAAAAUUCAAAAAUUUUGCUCAAAGAGCACCACCGACUUGUGUGCCGUCUUUUUCAUCGAUGUAAAUAAAUUCAAACAAAUCAACGACACAUACGGUCACGACUCUGGUGACUUGGUCUUGAAGCACCUCUCCGAGCGUCUCCAAGAAUCACAAGGUAACGAUACCCUGCCAAUCCGUCUUUCUGGCGACGAGUUUCUCGUAGUCAAACGCGGUAUCUCAUCGAUUGAAGAUGCCAACCAAUAUAUUGUCAACUACUUGAAUGGAGUCGCCGCCGCUCCAGUCCAAGUCGCAACCGGUGUUUCCAUCUACCUUUCACUCAGCUACGGUGGUGUUGUCUUCCAAAAAUCCGAAACCGCACCACAAUCGGUCGACCAAAUCAUCAAAUCCGCCGAUGAAAAGAUAUUAAAAACAUCGAUUAUGAAUAUUUUUGGUGAAUUAUUUACAUCAGUAGAAGCAUCAGAACAUCAUGCAAAAGUUGGAUGGACAGCUGUAGCAGCACUUUUAUUUUCAAUAAUAUUCUUGGUGAUGGCAAUAUCUGAAGUCUUGUUUUAUAUUUUUUCAUGGAAGUUCCCAAACAAAAUUGAUGACUAA